AUGGGUAUAUCUAGACGACCUAAAGAUAAAGCCGCCCGGCAGGGCCGUGGUGGUGAUCAAGGGGGAGCCGGCGCCCGACCCAAGAAGGCAACAUUCGAAACGACAAAGAAGAAGGAGAUCGGUGUUUCUGACUUGACGUUGCUGAGCAAAGUGUCCAACGAGGCGAUCAACGAGAACUUGAAAAAGCGAUUCGAAGGCGCCGAAAUCUACACUUAUAUCGGCCAUGUGUUGGUCUCCGUCAACCCUUUCAGGGAUCUCGGCAUCUACACUGAUCAAGUGUUAGAGAGCUACAGGGGCAAGAACCGUCUCGAGAUGCCGCCGCACGUCUUUGCUAUCGCCGAAGCUUCUUAUUACAACAUGAAAGCCUACAAAGAUAACCAGUGUGUAAUUAUUUCCGGAGAAUCCGGCGCUGGAAAGACGGAAGCGGCGAAGCGCAUCAUGCAGUACAUCGCCAACGUCUCGGGCGGUGAAUCCGGCGAUAUCCAACAGAUAAAGGACAUGGUGCUCGCCACCAAUCCUCUGCUGGAGUCCUUCGGUAACGCCAAAACGUUGAGGAACAACAACUCGUCGCGUUUCGGAAAGUACCUCCAGAUAUACUUCAACUCGCAAGGCGAGCCCGUCGGAGCCGACAUUACAAACUACCUCCUCGAAAAAUCCCGAGUCGUCGGCCAGAUCACGAAUGAGCGCAACUUCCAUAUCUUCUACCAGUUUACGAAAGGCGCCUCACAAAACUACCGACAAUUGUACGGUAUCCAAAAACCCGAGACUUAUGUAUAUACUAGCCGAUCUAAGUGUCUCGAUGUCGACGGCAUCGACGAUGUUGCCGAAUUCCAAGACACUCUUAACGCCAUGGAGAUCAUUGGUCUGUCGCAAGCCGAGCGAGAUGAGAUUUUCCGUAUGUUAGCAGCCGUCCUAUGGGUGGGAAACAUUCAGUUCCGAGAAGACGACAGCGGCUGGGCCGAAGUCACUGAUAGGUCCGUUGUCGAGUUCGUGGCAUACCUGCUUGAAGUAACGCCCGAACAACUCGUCCGCGCCGUUACAAUCAGAAUCCUCACUCCCAGGAGUGGAGAGGUCAUCGAGUCUCCCGCCAACCCUGCCCAGGCACUAGCGACGCGAGAUGCGCUAGCUAAAGCCAUCUACAACAAUCUCUUUGAUUGGAUCGUUGAGCGCAUCAACCGGUCGCUCAAGUCUAGGCAGGCGACGACGAACACUAUUGGCAUCCUUGAUAUCUACGGUUUCGAGAUCUUUGAGAAGAACAGUUUUGAACAGCUUUGCAUCAACUACGUCAACGAAAAGCUACAGCAGAUCUUCAUCCAGUUGACGCUGAAGACUGAACAAGAAGAGUAUGCCAGGGAGCAGAUUCAAUGGACCCCGAUCAAGUACUUCGACAACAAGGUUGUGUGCGAUCUCAUCGAACAGAUCCGGCCUCCUGGUAUCUUCUCCGCUAUGAAGGAUGCGACAAAGACGGCCCACGCCGACCCCGCGGCUUGCGACCGAACGUUCAUGCAGAGUAUCAACGGUAUGAGCCACGCUCAUCUGACGCCUAGGCAAGGCAACUUUAUUAUCAAGCACUAUGCCGGUGACGUGAGCUACACGGUUGACGGAAUUACGGACAAGAACAAGGAUCAGCUCCUAAAGGGUCUCCUCAGUCUCUUCCAGGCCAGUGGCAACAGCUUCGUUCAUCAGCUCUUCCCUCAUCAAGUCGAUCUAGAUAAUCGAAAGCAACCACCAUCCGCGGGCGACAGGAUCCGGACAUCAGCGAACGCCCUUGUAGAAACAUUGAUGAAGUGCCAACCAUCGUACAUCCGAACCAUCAAGCCGAACGAGAACAAGUCGCCUGCCGAGUAUAACGUCCCUAAUGUGCUCCAUCAAAUCAAGUAUCUUGGUCUGCAGGAAAACGUCCGUAUCCGUCGAGCCGGUUUCGCCUACCGUCAACCGUUCGAGAAGUUUGUGGAUCGUUUCUUCCUGUUGUCACCAGCAACCUCUUAUGCCGGCGAGUACACCUGGCAAGGGUCGUACCAGGAUGCCGUGAAACAGAUUCUCAAGGACACGAGCAUUCCCAAGGAGGAGUGGCAAAUGGGAACCACGAAGGCUUUCAUCAAAUCUCCCGAGACGCUCUUUGCGCUCGAGCAUAUGCGCGACCGCUACUGGCACAACAUGGCCACCCGUAUCCAGCGCAUGUGGAGAGCUUACCUCGCUUACCGUGCCGAAUCAGCCACUCGCAUCCAGCGAUUCUGGAGGAAGAAGCGGACUGGUGCAGAGUACCUACAAUUGCGAGAUCAGGGUCACCGUGUUCUAGGAGGUCGCAAGGAGAGAAGGAGAAUGAGUCUUUUGGGUUCCAGGCGUUUCCUCGGCGACUAUCUCGGCAUCAAUGCUUCUGUCGGCCCCGGCUCCCAAAUCCGAAACGCCAUCAAUCUCUCCACGGGAGAGCAGGCUGUGUUUUCGUGCAGAGGUGAAAUUCUGGAGGCCAAGUUUGGACGAUCCAGCAAGCCGAGCCCGCGCAUUAUCAUCGUUUCUACCCGAGCCUUCUACAUCGUUGCCCAGGCGCUGGUGAAUCACCAAGUCCAUAUAUCAAUAGAGCGAUCGAUCCCUCUUGGCGCUAUCAAAUAUGUUGGCGCGUCGAGUUGUCGGGAUGAUUGGUUCUCGCUUGGUGUGGGGUCCCCACAAGAGCCCGAUCCUCUGAUGAACUGCGUGUUAAAAACGGAAAUGUUUACGCAGAUGCAACGCAUGAUGCCCGGUGGCUUUAAUCUCAAGAUUAGCGAGGUGAUCGACUACGCCAAGAAGCCAGGAAAGGUGCAGAUGGUGAAGGUCAUCAAGGACUCGCAAGUAACGGUCGACUACUACAAGAGCGGUGCCAUUCACACGCAACAAGGCGAGCCGGCGAACUCCGUCUCGCGACCCACUCCUAAGGGCAAGCCUGUUCCUCCUCGACCAAUCACUCGUGGCAAGCUCAUCAAACCUGGUGGUCCAGGAGGCCGACCUUCGAGGCUUACCGGAAAUCGCACGCCUCAGCCGAGACCUGGCGCUAGUAGUAGCACCUCAUCUAGGCCCGUGCCCCAGCCUGCUGCGGUCAUGGCUGCCGCCGCCAUACCAAGCCAUACGCGACCCCAGGCAUCGCGUGUUGCAGCCGCUGCUGCCGUCACCCCAGCCUCGAGAAUGCCACCACCGCCGCCACCGCCUGCACCGGCCGCCAAGCCAAAGAUCAUGGCCAAGGUCUUGUACGACUUCUCUUCGGACAAGGCAAACGAACUAUCAAUUACCAAGGGCGAGAUGAUUGAAAUUAUCCAAAAGGAAAAUAACGGCUGGUGGCUAGGGAAGAAUGCUCGCGGUCAAGCGUGGGUACCAUCGGCGUACGUUGAGGAGCAGGUCGCUCCGCCUCCCGCUCCCGCUCUGGCGCCCCGUGCGCCCCCACCCCCUCCGGGCGGCCAAAACGGAACACGUACCAAGCCCACACCACCGCAGCCUCCCGUCAAGCGCCCCGCUGCUGGGCGCAAGCCCGCCGGAUAUCAAGCUAGGGACUCAGGCAUGAGCCUGAACGGCGGGGCUGACGGCAACCCCACCCCCAAUUUGGCGGGCAGUCUUGCGGAUGCCCUCCUGGCCAGGAAGAAUGCAAUGCAAAAGGGUAGGGAUGAUGAUGAUGACUGGUAA